AGUCGUCAUCUCCGAUUGCUCCAGGAGGAAAUCGGAAAAAUCCGGAUCGCGGAAGCGCGCGUCGCGCCACACAGUCUUACCGGAGACAGCUGGAGCUGGCUGGAGCUGCUUACGACUGGUCGUUACGUGCCUGUGAUCGAGACGUUGAGAGGACAUUUCUCGACGGGGACCUUCACGAAGGGAGAUUCCGAGAAAAGCCGGGGGGGCAUUGAGAUUGAGCCCAGGUAUGUCGACGGUGGACCGCCGCUGAGUUCCGUUGGAGGAAGAGAAGAGACGACGGGGGAUCGACGGCCGCACGACGAGAUAACCAAGCCGAUUGCGAGCCGUCGAUAGGUUCGGCUCGUGUAAACACAGCCGCGUAGACGCGACCAUGAGCGACCCAGUCGGGCUCAGCUGCGGACGGUGAGAGAGCGAGAGAGGGUGCCGCGGUAUCCGCCUUAUCUAAACACGAUGUACCGCACGAUAAGAUCCGCAGCGUAACUGGGAACCUCGUCGUGACUCAUUUUACCGUGAGAUAGAUCUGGAAUCAUGUAAAGUGACGUGGAGGAACAGCAUUGUCGCAGCAUAGUUUGUUCAGUCGCAAUAAAGACGCAACAAUGGGUUCCAUCGCUCUAGAGGAGUACGAAUUGAUGAAGGACUCGAAGUAUCGGGUCUAUGUGUCUGCUGUCGACAAGGCCCUGAAGAGCUUUGAGUACACGAGCGAAUGGGCAGAUUUAAUUUCUGCCUUGGGAAAACUCAACAAGGUGUUGCUGAGCCAUAUGAAAUUUCCCGUUAUUCCAAGGCGAAUCAAAAUAUCAAAGAGACUAGCCCAAUGCAUGCAUCCAGCGUUACCCUCUGGUGUUCACUUGAAAGCUUUAGAAACGUACGACAUUAUUUUUAAGUGUAUGGGUACUAAUAGGCUCAGCCAUGAGCUCUUUAUCUAUAGUGCAGGAUUAUUUCCAUUACUGGGUCAUGCAGCCAUGAAUGUCAGACCGUCGUUAUUAACGGUAUAUGAAACACACUUUGUGCCACUCGGCGAAAGGUUGAGACCAGGAUUAAGCGGUUUUUUAAGUGGCGUCCUCUUGGGCCUAGAAGAUGGAUCUGAUCAUUUUGACAGAACUAAUUCCUUACUGGAAAAAGUGUGCGAGGGUGUGGGUGCAGAACACUUUUAUGCAUGCCUCUGGGACUGCUUGGCUUCAAACUCUGGCAUUCGACUGCCUGCAAUAUCAUUUGUGCUAGCGCAUUUCAACAAGAAAUUGUCGAUGGAGGAGCAAAAAUACAUUAUGGGUACUAAUACUAAAAUUAUGAUUUCAGCUUUAUGUGCUGGAGUGCAAGACACCUCGGUGCUGGUGCAGAGAAGUGCAUUGGAUUUUCUGUUGAUAGGCUUCCCUAUGCACAGCAGUCAAUUGGCGCAUCAAGAUAUGAUAUUAUUAAUAAAAGCUGCUUUAGUUACUAUAUUGCGAAGAGACAUGAGCUUAAACAGACGUUUGUUUGCUUGGCUUUUGGGUACCGAAGUAAGCACAUCGAUUUUAAAGAAAAAGAACCCUACAACUGCAAACACUAAAGAGGAUGUAACGUACUUUGAUAUGUAUUCAAAGGAGAUGCUAGUCGAAGCGAUAAAAUAUUUACUUAAAGAAGUAUGUGAAGAAAAUUCGCAAGAUCUGAAGCCAUAUAGGAUACUUGUCUCAUUACUUGAUAAGGUGGACAUUGGACCAAUAAUUUUGGAUGAUAUUCUGUUUGAAGUGUUUAGGACAUUUUAUAAUGCUUGCAAACAAUCUGUAUCAAGUCACGCGCCGAAAGCGAAUGAAGUUGUGAAAUCUGCGAAUCUGUUAUUCUCGACCUUAGAACCGUCGUAUAUUUGGAUACAUUGCGGGCAUUUGUUUGAGAAAGCUUGUAACACCAGAGCGAAGACGCAAGUGGCGAUCGAGGAUAUUGCUGUAAGACCGGUUGGCAGUGGUAUGCCGAAUCUCGUAGAAGUAUGCGUACUAACGGAAUUCUUACUCGAAACUGUGUCGCUGGACGCAUUUAUAGACACGCCGUCUGAACAUCUUCCUGGCUUAUUUUACGAGAUAACCAGCAAGCUUUUGUAUCAUAGUAAUAUUCUGUCCCCCACGGAGAUUUCAAAAAGUCUCACCUUGUGUGCCAAGAUCUUAUCCAAAGUACAACCGACGAUGGUAACGGCUCACGCGGACAAGUGUGAAAUGGACACCAAGUUGGAUACGUCUCUGAAUAACAUUACAGUGCCCAAUGAUAAUUCCCUGACGGCGAUCCCUUUAGAGAAGAGUCAGUCGGAUAGUAAAUUGAAUAAGCCUGAUACAACCGGUAUCCCUUUCGCGGAGAAAAGUCCAAGUACAAGGAGAAGAGCCAAUUCUGGCGGUGCCACUAAAAGAAACGAGAAGAAGUCGAAGAAGAAGGCGAGCAAAAGCACUUCCAAGCUGAGCGAUACCUACACAAUACAGGCCGAUGGCAGUAGCAUAUCUGUCGUAGUGAGCGAAGAUACAAGGUCUUUACCUAGAAAUAAAAGCAUGGAUGAUAUUAAAGUGAGCUGCAUUGAGACCGAUGGAAUCUCUUCCUUGAGGAAUCAAUCUUCAGACAGCCAUCUGUCCACGUCGAAGCACUUCAAGAAUGUUACUCCAAUGGGAUCGACGGGAUCCUUGUCUAGGGGACCAUCUCCAGCGUUUCAGGCACAGCACUCCAUGUUGGAAAAGUGCCUCCGGCAAUACGAGAUAUUUUACGUUAAAUUAAUUAGCAACCGAAUACUUAGCAGAGAAAGAACAGUGCAGGAUAUGUUCGAUCAUUUAGUGGUAUCUUGUCCGAGAAAAAGUUUCGAUGAAAGAAUGCGUUACUUGGAAUAUUUACUGAAUUCUAAAUUAAACGUAGAUGACUCCGGAUUCUUUAGUCAAGACACAUCCGUAACUGAAGAUAACAAGUGCCUGGAUAUUUUUCACUUAUUCCUCGACAUGGCGGCGCAUUCGGAAUGGAUCGAAGCCAUGAAAAUAGCGUCCAGCUUAUUUGUCGAACUGUCCACAUUUCCGAAAUACUUUUUGCCCGGCGACGACGUACUCGUGGAAGAGGAACCAAAGUUCGAGCACGUUCUUCCGGAUUGGUUAAAAGUUUUAAUAGUCUGCUGCUGCUGGUUGCAGAAGCAACCCGCGUUACAAUUAACGAGCGUUGCCACGUUACUGGACCUGGUAGCAUUAUUGAAGGCGCAUAAUGUCGUCGAGACACAUCCGAAAAGUGGAGAGGGCGUGACGACAGUUAUUAUCGUGCCUCUGUUGAAGCAAUGGCACGUAACAUACUUGAUGCAGUAUACUAAUGUGUUUCAGGUACUGGCAAAUUCCUUGUGGCAUCAUUUGGGCGAGCUUCCCGCCCAUAAGUUUAGGAUACGUUGCGUAGAGCUAUUACACGAAUUGCAUCAUGCUUUAUACGGUUCCUAUAACGCGGUCGAAGAUCUAAUAGGAUCCGCACUCACCAACGAGAAUCCCGAAAAGAGGAUCGAAGCCUUCGGUAGAUUCGCUACAUUGUGGCAUUUAGGACGAGAAAUUGAAACAAAUCCAAGAUUACAUGGCUGUCUUAGAAUUUUUGAUCAGUCCUUGUUGAAAAUGUUGGAUAAUCUUCAGCUUGCGGACAAUUCUCCGUUAAAGCUACAGGCCCAAUCGUGGCUGUUACAUUCCUUGAUGCGCGGAGAUAUAUCACGCGUAAUAGAUCCCUUACUGACAAUACUAUUGGAUCCCUCCACAUGUCGUAUGAGCGUCCUUCAUGUGAGUAUACAGCACAGUAAUACCGUCCUAACGAAGAAUGAUCCCGUGGAAGAGAAGUCGGAGAUGCAGGAUGACACCGAGGGCGCCGCGAAAAUUUACGCGAUCAGUUCGGUCGAUGGUAACGUGAUAUAUCACGUGAGCGAUAACGUGGACGAGGAUAAGAAGUGGAAAAAGGGUAAGAAGAAAAAGCAGGCAAUUAAUCCUGUGAAGAUAAAACGAAUCUUUGCGGUGACAACACUAGCAACAGGUGAUAAUUGUAAUCACUAUGUCACGGAGAGGAAUCAGUUUAUGAAGGAACUUGAAGUGCCACCCAGUAUAUCCGGUAACAGGAAAAUUUCCGUGUUCGUAAAUCCUCUCUCCAUCAACUGUAACGAAAAUUCGAAUGACUCUUUAACGGAGGACGACUCGCUGCCCAUUAUGCGCAAGACAAACUUGACGACAGAGUUACUAAGAAAUGCCACUCGUUUCAAGAAAAUUGAUUUCGACAAAGGUUCUACUGCCAGUUUAGACGAAAGUCUCUUUGAAUCAGCGAAUAACAGCUCGAAGGUGAAAGAUAAAAGUAGCUACAAGAAACUGAGCGAUGAUGUUGACUCAUCAUCGGAUUCCAUAACGAACAGUUUGGACUCGAGCAGCCCCGAAGUAACUAACAAACAGUCCAAACAAAAGAAGGAAACUGUCUUGAUGUCAGGCGGUUCCAGGGAAGUGGCGGGCACUAUCAUAAAGGGUAGAUAUUACAGCACGAACGAGUUCAACACGAAUUACGAUCACGAUAUCGGCAGUUUCGAAGCGAGCGCGGAGGUGCCUAGCUGGACGAUGGACGACGAUGACGGCGAGCUGGAUGUCAGCACCACCGCGGAAGAAUAUUUCAGCAAUUCCAGCAGCAGUAUAGUCGAAGAGAUUCUUAACGAAGUUCUUGAUCGCGCGAUGCAAUUGUGCGACAUCGCCGAACCACCUAAAAGCGAAGAAGUUCCACAAACUAAUGCGAAAACUAAUCGAAAUGUUGGCCUGGGUGUUCACAAUCUUCAUUCCCAUAUGUUGCUCUACUGCGGAGUGUACGAUUCGACCAGGACUCUUUAUGCUUUGCGCACUCUUAGGAACGAACUUUUGACGAACAUGCGAAUGUUUCUAUGCUGCGCGGCGACGACCGGUGUAGCAAACGCGACGAAGAACACAGUGUUGUUAAAUUUGUUAGCAAGGCAUAGGAAAAGUGUUUUUGGCAGAAACUUUCAUGGUGAUAUAGCUAACACGGAAUUUGUCGCGGCUUACAGGAGUAGCAUGUAUUUAGAAGUGUUAAUAAGCGUAUGUCUAUAUUUCGCGAGAAGCUACUAUCCAAAUCUAGGACAAAUGAGACUCACGUACGAAGAGAUCGCGGGUAAUCGCCAGGUACAACUUGCGAGUGCCGAGUUACUAACACUAAUAUUUUCCGAAUUAAUACCGAUCGUCCGCGAUUCUGGGAAAGGCUUUAGCUGUUACAUAGUUGAUCUACUGACUAAAUGUAAAGUACAAAAAGUUGCUCUGCACUGUCUUGUGUCCAGCGUUAUGAGCAUGAAGAAUGCCCAUAAGGAGAACGAGGAUGUUUUUACAUUUACUGAAGAAAUUGUAUUGUUUAAUGAUCCGUUUAUCGACAAUGAUGUUAACAAAUGUAAAUAUAGAGCGAGCGAUCAUACAGAAGCUUUCCAGAUACAGUUAUUACGAUUGUUGUUAGCAUUAAUUAUGUUGGAGCAUCAAUGUAGUAGUCAAAAAGGAGAGGAAAUUAAUUCGACAGUAUCGCCCAUACCAAGUUCGCCGACACGAGCAUCAAACUUAAUCGGGAACAGUUUGAAAUAUGUCUCUGGAGCAGCAAUACCACAGCAACCGAUGUUUCUUGCUAGUAUUCUUAGUGCCCUGCAACUUGAUCAUAUGAGACAUCUUCAUCAACAUUGGACCACCCUUGUUACGUCCAGCUUGCCUUUUAUGGGACCUUCUUUAACAUCCGUUGUAACGUCGGUUAUUCAUCAAUUAUGUAAUAAUAUCGAGCACUUAGCAUCGUAUUACAUCAAUGAAGAAGCGGCGCUAACAUCUAAAUUACAAGAUAUAAGCACAGUAGAGUGUUGCUUGCCCGCAGAUUAUACUGUGACACAUUUGGAAGCUCUGACAUAUUUACUGCAUUACUGUCUAUUGGAUACCUCCCAGCAAAUUGGAUUCUCAUUUAAUCAACCUUUAAGUGGCACGAUACAAACGGGGAUUCCUGGUGCCAAUCCCGGACAGAUAUUCAACAAUCUUAUACAUGUCUUUAUGCCCAGCCCACUUUCUCCGGAUUUAGCUACAGCAAAAGAUAAAACUGGCGUGAACGAAUUGCAACAACACGCUAGAAGAACAGCACUAAGCCAUUUGCCAAGAAUAAUAGCAUCAUUAUCUGCUUUAUGGCAAGCGGUUCUGGCAACAAAAGACAAUGAACAAGCCAGUUGUGUGGUGGGUAGUCCAAGAAUAGUCAAAUAUCAAUUGUUGGAACUUCUAUCUCCAAUCUCUUUCCAUCACGGAGCUAAUUUUUUGGCUGCAGUCGCUGUUGCCUGGCACGAAAGGCGCCAACCAUCUGCCGCAUCAAAGAAGAUACUUCCAGAAGCCUGCCCCAAUCAGCAAGUAAUGGUUCAUCUUGUUAGUGCGAUUCGUGUUAUGCCCAUUGAUACUUUGGUGCACACCGUGCAUCAAGUAGUAAAAACCCCACCACCAAUACACGGAAUCAAGCAAGAUUUCUCAUUAGAAGUCUCGGUACUGGAAUUGCUUUAUGUCUACAUGCAGAGUAACACGUCGCAAUCGCUCAUCGAGUCUUGGGCAUCCUUGCUUAGUUUAUUGAAGGAUGGUCUGUCGCUAACAGCGCCUGCCCAAUUUCUCUUACUGGCUAUACUGAACGAAUAUGUACAAAAGUGCCCACCUAUGCAAGAGAAGAAAGAUAUCAAAGACUUGCAAGACGUGUCUGCGAAGUUGAUCGAAUCGUGUUCGCAAAUAGCAGGCGCUUGUUUAGAGCAAACAACGUGGCUAAGAAGGAAUUUGGCCGUCCGAGAGGACGUUUUCGAAGUCGUGGAAGGGUCUUCGGAAGGUAAAGAGGGAAAAAAUGGUGCUGUAACACCCGGAACUCCACCUAAUGCUGCGUACAGCGUUCAAGCGCAAGCAGUAUUAGCGGAAAUACUUGCGCCGCUGUUGGACGUUAGUUAUGGUUCGCAAGAAAAGGAGCGCGUGGUAACGCUCCUGACAAACCUCAUGUACAAUGUUACACCUUACCUAAAGAAUCAUACGAUAAAAAAUAUCGCCUCAUUUACCGCCUGUUCUCAACUAUUGGCUUCCUUAUCGGGAUAUCAGUAUACGAGAAAGGCAUGGCGCAAGGAUGUUUUAGACUUGUUACUCGAUUCGGCCUUUUUCCAAAUGAUACCAGCUUGUCUACCGUAUUGGAGAACUAUAAUAGACAAUUUAAUGACACACGACAACACUACCUUCAGAGAUUUAAUGAAUCGCGUCUCCAUGGCUCAAGGUAGCGGGAUCAGUAUAUUUUCUUCGAAAGAGCAAGAGUAUGAGCAGAAAGCACAGCUAUUGAAGCGUUUGGCAUUCGUUAUCCUUUGCAGCGAAAUGGAUCAGUAUCACAAAUAUAUGCCGGAAAUACAAGAACGUUUAGCAGAUAGUUUACGCCUACCUCAAGUAAUCCCGUCUAUUCAGGCGCAAGUGUUUCUCUGUUUUCGCGUACUGCUAUUGAGAAUGUCACCACAACAUGCAACGUCCUUAUGGCCGGUCAUAGUUAGUGAACUCGUUCAAGUAUUCCUUUACAUUGAGCAGGAAUUGAGUACAGACAGCGAAGAGUUCAGUCGUCAUAGCAGCUCGCACAUCAAACUGUUGUCAGCUCUAGACUCAUCAUGGGCUGUUAACGCCAGCAAUGGACUUCAAGCACACGGACAUCCUCACUGGUUGCAAUUGCAACUGGCUGCCGCCAAGCUACUAGACCUCGCGUUGUUGUUGCCCGCGCAUAGGUUACCACAGUUUCAGAUGUAUAAAUGGGCGUUCGUCGGAGACGCAGCGGCAGGUUGCAUGGAUAACAAUAAUUUAUCCUCGGACUUUGUGCCACAUAUUACAAGAAUAGCAAAACUGAUGGACAGUAAGUUCAAGUCAGAAGGUCCACCGCCCAAAAGGAAUCCGGGAGAGCUUUUAUUAACAUCGAAUAACGUUCGCUCUCUGCAAGAUCUGCAUCAUUUCUUUUCGAGCCUUAGUCGCGCCACAUGCGACACAUACGCGCCGAUAAAUAGCACGCAACUGGAGACUGUAAUCGAACAGGACUUCCUCGAGAAAAUGCCGACCGUGCCAGCGAGAUAGUAAGAAGGAUGUUAGCGAAGUUGUAUAAGUAACAUGUAUAAUUCGUUUGUCAAUCGGGAAGAGAUAUGUCAAGACGCUUUAUCCUUUGAUAUAUUUAUAAAAAAUAUAUACACGAAGAUAAUCGCGCCGCACCUAAGUCUAUACGUAAAUAUUACAUUAUAUAAAUAGCACAAUUAGAAUACAGCAAUCCAGGAAAUACGCUCCUGUAUUUUGCCGUUAAAAAUCUCAAAAUAUUCUUUUAACAAAAAAAAGAAUGAAAAGAAGAAUUCAUCCCGUAUCAAUAAAAAGUAUUUAACAAUAAAAUUGGAGGAAGAAAAGAGAAAAACGAGGAUGGACGAAUUUUAUCGUACAAGAUGAAAAACGAUUGAUAUAUCGAGAACUACUGAUUAGAUUUCUUCGAACAAAUCACUCGUGAAUGAAAAUGUAAAUUUUUUUUAUAGUUUAGAACCGGGAGUUAGAACCAGGAUUAUAGAUCUGGGGUGUAUAAAAUAACAUUCGACGUUUUCCGUUACUGGUUUUUAUUGAUUAAGCUUUCGACCUGUCUCCUCAUUCGGUUGUGAAUAGUUGUCAGCAUGUAUAAUAUGGCAAGCUAAAUUCGCUCUUUGGCCUGCUAUUGUAAAAUUGUAUAGAGCGUGUACAGUGUAACAUAAUAUUUAUACGGAACAAGGUCUUCCCGUUAUUUUCUGACACCCGUCAUAGUUUCCUCGUCGAUAGUUUCAUUUCUCUUUAACUCCGCAUCGUGCGAUUUUAAAGUGGCAAGCCACAAGAAGUUUCUCCACAGAUCUGAACAACAAAUGCCAAAAUACAGGGAAUGAAAAAUAAAUAAUCGGAGAUAAAAAUUUAAUUCUCCCCCUUAUAUUACGAAGUUUGCAAAUAUUGAUCAUUGAAUGUGGAAGUUCAUAAGGUUUCAUAAGGUUUCACGGAAUAAAAUUCCAGGUGGACGAAGUGAAGAUUUGUUGAUACGGUCCAAUUAUGUUGUCCUGUGGUUGUUCUUGCAUGCUUGCUAUCGCUCAAUACAAAUAUGCUUUCGGCCACAAGCGCGUCGAAACGCGUUCGCUUUUGUACGUUUCGAACUAGCUGGAAAACACACCGUGAACACUUAUGAACUUCUAUCUUAAUUAUCUGAUAUAAACUUAUAUUAUUAUUGUCGAAUGCUUUUUAUUUUAACAAACGGACUUUCUAUGUGAACCGAUAAAUCCAUACGUAAUGCACAAUAUAUACCGCCGUAUAAACGUACUUGAAAUAAGAUGUUAUAUUUUCACGAGAAAUUAGUUUAAUAAUAUGUGCUGAAAAGAAUCUAAUACCAAGAAUAUCUACGUAAUCCAUCGUACGGCGUAUAAGCUUCUGCACACAAUUAGGAAAUAAAUAAAAACUUGAAGAUAAUAUUGGGAUAUAUAAAGAAAAAAAAUGUACAUUGUCUAUUUUGCUCAAUAAAAAUUUUAAAAUUAUACCAGACGUCUGUUAGGACACACAUUGUUAUUGUCUUUUACAAAUCAAUUGUGUUGAUAAAAAUCUUUACUUUUUGAUUAAAAUGAUUUUUUACAAAGUCAAAAUAAUUUUUUUUUCUUCGAUUUUUUUCGCUAAUAAAUGAACAAUGAGAGAGAAUUAUGUUUACACAUUUGGUAGAUAUUCUUCGUCAAUAAUAAACGCUCGUGUCAAUAAGUGCUUAGUGAUGUGUAGAAUUUACAUUAUAAAUUUACUAUAUAUUGUAUAAUCAUGUCGAUAGGGUGUCUAUAAAGUCUUCCCACUCCCUAUAUUUCGAAAACAUCUCAAAGUUAUGAAAAACCGCAAAAUAUAUGUUCGAUCAUUUCGAGGAGCUACUCUUUUAAGGGGAUUGGGAUUAAAAUUCGCAAUUUUUCAUAAUUUUGAACUAUUUCUGAAAUAUACGAAGUAGGAACAGCUUUAUAGAUACCCCGUAUAUACAACAUCAACAUUAUAAAUUUAUAUUAUAAAUUCUAUAUACAUUGCGACUUGUAUGUAUUUAAUAUAAAACAAAAAAUCGACGGCUUACACAGCGGAUUUAUUUUUUUAUAUGCAUACGUAGUAUUUCGAGAAAGCGUGCAAGUUGUACAUCGAUGGUCUACUUGCAAAACGUCUUAUGUAUAAAAUUAAUAACUUUACAUACACACAUUGUAGGAGGAACAAAAACAAAGUUUUUAAAUAACAUUACAUUUAUUAUAAUCGCCGCUAAAGCGAUUGCCUUAUAACAUCGUUAAAGAGUCCAAGGGAGCCCGGGACAAUCUACUGAAUACAAUACCAAAAAUUCGAUUUCAGAAAUUUCAAACUUGUGACGUUUUGUAAAUAAAUCAUUGAUAUACAAUAUGUAGUGACGUAACAUCCAAUUAAUUAGACACAACUAGGUCAAUAAAUCGAUUAAUUUUGUCGUGUUUUGCAUUGCUAUUAUUAUAACAAAAAUAAAAUUAAGUUAUUAAAAAAUAACAUUUAUGUAAGCAGUAUUACUGAAGUUACUACUUGGCACUAAAUUGCUGGUAGUAUGAUAAGUUCAUUCUACUGUUUUAGCAAGGGUUUGUGCAAGAAUCUGUUGUUUAUUAAACAUGCAAGAAAAUGUUUAUAAUUCAGUUAUGUAUAUUUAUAUUUAUAUUAUACACGUUAGUUAUAAACAUCCUGUUGAUACAAUUUCAGUAUGUUUAUUUCUUAAAUUUUUCUACAAUUAAUCUUUUUUUAUAUAACAUCUGCAUGGUUUGUGAGCAUUAGAAUAGACUAUGAAAAUAUUUUCUUGGCUCACAGACUAACAGAUAGUGAAAUAUGUCAGAAGUAUUAUGUACCUUUAUCGAAGUUAUGUCGUUUUAUGUAACAAAUAUUUAACAGAUACUGUAAAUCACUGCAAUUUUAAGCAGUGCAUCCGCUUUUACCAUUAAUCUGUUAUGUUGAAA